AUGACGUUCGCCCCGGUGCUUUGUGCCCACAGCAUAGUGCUGGGCUCGAUCCUUGCGUGGCGAAUUUACCAAGGAGACACUACUGAUACCAGCAGCGCAUUGGUCCGCAUUCUGUACGAGCACGUCUUCGGUGCAUUCCACGAUUUGGAGUUGAACGUUCCUACCUUCACUUUCGAUGUGACGUUCAUCACUACGCUUCCUCAGCACAUCAGUAAAGCCCUAUUUGGCUUUGAUCCGACUGAGUUCUUCGUUGCGUGCUCUGGCCUGGCAGCACUAAAUAUGAUAAUCUCAUGGAUCAAGCCGACCAUGUUGCUUACGAAUCACGUGGUCGAAAAGCUGGUCGGUAUAGCCGGCUUUGACACAUUGAGUGUUGCCGUUUUGUUUGAAGACGAAUAUUUUUGGUGA